AUGAGCAUGUUGAAUGACAAGGAUGAGAAGAGAAUAACAGAGUCCAAGCCAAAAAGACUCAACAAAGACAACAAUGUGUAUUUGAGGAGUUCGAUCAUGAGUGGAUUGUUGAAUGAUGAAGUGUACAACGCAAAUAAGGGGUUACGUAGUCGCAUUCCAUUUUCCGAUGUUGUUGAUGUUGGGCAGAGCUAUUUUAUGGACCACAGUGACAAUGAUAUGUUCAACACAGAUUUCUUAAUCAAGAAAAAAGAAAGAGCAAACAGAACGAGUGAUGACAGUGGGAUUGAAAUAGAAAAUGAUCAAAACAGUGUUAUUCAGGACUCGAUAAUAAAGAAGAGAGAAGAGAGAAAAGACCGAGAAGAUAACAACAACGACAGAACAAGAAGACGCAAAAAGGUGAAGAUUCAUCUUUUUGGAGAUGAAGAGACGAAAAAGGCAAAGAGACUUCACUCUGCAAAGAAGUUACGAGUCAAAUCAUCCAUGGAAGGAAGUAGUGAAAAAGAAGAAGAGGACUCCGAGAUAAAGGCUGGACUGCAUACAACAAAGGGAUCUGCACCAAAUGUGGGACACAAAGACCUCACAAUUCCAAACUGUUAUUCGGGCAUUGUUGGUAAUGUUGAAUCUCCCAGACCUGGAUUGUCAACAAAAGGUAUAAAUGAGAUUAAACAUUUCUAA